GCAGCUAAAUAUGGCUUCCAUCUAUAGUAUUGCAUCUUUCUUUGUUUUUGUUUUUCUUCGCUUUGUCUGCAUCAAAUGCACAACACCUUACGAAGAAAUUAUACAAUAUAAAGAGGGAUACGCUCUUCCAGAGCUGCCGUACAGCUAUGAUGGUUUGGAACCUUAUAUUGAUGAAGCGACUUUGAGAGUACAUCACAGGGGUCACCAUGCAGCUUACACGGAAAAGCUAAAUAUAGCCUUGAAGAGCUGGAGAGAAUCGGGAAACACCAGGCAAUUGUCUACAAAACCUCUUGUGACAAUUCUAAACAAUCUUGACCUCAUACCUGAUCAGUGGCAGCUGGCAAUAAGAAAUAAUGGUGGAGGUUAUGUGAACCAUGCUCUUUACUGGGCAAUCAUGUCUCCGAAUCCUAACAAUGAAGAACGAAGGCCUUCUGGCAAGGUGGCUCAGAUGAUAGAUGAAUCAUUUGGGAGUUACACCAACUUUCAAGCGGCUUUUGAAAAGGCUGCCAGGAACUUGUUUGGAUCAGGGUAUGCAUGGUUGUGUCUUGAUGUUGAAGAAGCCAGGCUCAAAAUCAGUGCAACAAAAAAUCAAGACAGUCCGUUAAACAAGAAAGGUUUAAUGCCCAUCCUGGUCAUUGAUGUUUGGGAACAUGCUUAUUAUCUGAAGCACCAGAAUCGCAGGUCAGCAUAUAUACAGACAUUUUGGAAUGUUGUCAACUGGGAGGCUGUCAGCAACCUUUUGGAAUGGUGGCCUCGGCAGGAAGCUAAACAUGAAGAACUGUGAAUGCAACCAAGACCUUUGAUGUUAUUAGACAAAGUCCAGCAAUUAUUGAUAAAAGUGAAUCAUUUUCUCACAUUAUUGAUAAGACUGGCUUUCAUUUGACAUACUUUCUGUGUGUAAUGGUUGCUCAAAAAAAAUUGCAUGAUGGCUACAAAAUAUUGUGGAUUUUAUAAAUAAUUGCUUGAUUUGGGAAACCUUGAGAAAGUUAAGGUAGCGCUACAAAGUUACUGCAGCCAAUGCAAAAAAUAAAAAUAACGAGAAAGACAGUAAGCAGAGUUCAGAGGAUCAUGCAUCCUGAAAUAUUAGCCAUAUUAACUAUGGUUUACAAAGGCCUUUACAACAUGGCUACUGGGUGUAUCACAUCUCUUCUCAAAGAGCGCAGUCAAAGUGCAUAUGAUUUAAGGGGUAAAAGGAAAUUACAGAUACCAGUGGUGAAGACUACAACUUUUGGACUUCACUCUUUCAAGUAUCGUGCUGCCUCUCCAUGGAAUAGCUGAUCAGAUGAAUUAAGAAUUUCAGACCCUCUAGCGGCUUUUAAACGUGCCAUUGGGAGUUACAUAUCUAGUGGGGAUUAGUAUAUAAUUAUUAGCAUUUUUAAAUGAGGUUUUAUAUGAGUCUUUCGAUUUUAAACUUAUUGUCAUUUGUUUUGUAGUUAUAUGUUUGGAGAUACUAGCACAUCUAGUGCUAUUCAUAAAUCCGAAUGGAAAUAAAGUUUAUGUAUGUAUGUAUGUA